CAGAAGGCUAUGCGCAUGCGUAAGGCCUUAGGAACGGCAACAGAGUGAAAGACGAAGUCGGUCGUUUUCAGUGACACGGAGAUAUUUCACCUCCAACUACGUCGCUCCUCUAUCUUUGAGCCAGUUACUUAUUUUAAUCCCCAGGAAUAAUCCCACUAACAUGACAUAUGGUAACUGAACCACUUCGUCUAAAGACUCUGCAAGCACCAAGCAUUGGUGUGCAACUUCCCACCGAAUGAGACGUACCAACUCUCAUCAUGGAAACAGGAACAGAAGUUAUACCGAUUUGGCAGAAUAAGCCUCAUGGAUCAGCCCGUAGUGUUGUGAGAAGAAUAGGUUCUACUCUUCCACUUAAACCCCCUCAAAGAGCAUGUUUCCAGGAGUUGCCUGGCUUGCCUACUCUUCGCCCAACAGACGGCCCCCUUGUUCCAACUCUGGCAGAUAUAGCUUGGAUUGCUGCAGAUGAAGAAGAGACAUAUGCCAGAGUGAGGAGUGACGCACGUCCUUUGAAACAUGAAUGGCGGCCCACACCGCUCCUGGUGCUCCACAGGAACUCGUCUGUGCCCAACUUUCGUAGGGAGGGUAAAAGGAUGGAAGGGCUAAGGAAACCUGGGGUAACAGCACUGAAUCGCACCACAGCCCUGCAGGAUGAGCUCAGCAGACUCCGAGCUCAGAUUGCCAAGAUUGUUGCAAGCGAUUCUGGCUCCAAUCCCCUGACCCCCGAUCUGCUCUCACCAGACGACACGAGCAUGAGCUUUUCCAUGGCGCCUUUUGAAACCGCGUCCUACCUUCCAUCCACCGCGGCUCCCGCUUCCUUUGUCAUAAGUGAUGUCACGGAGGAAGAGGAGGAGGAGGACGAGGAAGAAGAGGAAGAUGUUGUCUCGGUGGUGUCGGAGCUGGUCCCUGACCUGGUCCCUGACCCUCUGCCAUCUGUUUCCAUGACGGCAUCGGCAACCUUCGAUCUGGACAGGCCCACCAUGGACUUCCAGGAGGCGGAGGAUGAUACAGUGUCCCUAUCAAAGUCCACCAGUUUUGCUGAUGUCAUGGACAUCCUGAAGGACAUGAACCGCAUGAAGAUGAGCAAAGACAGGUACAAUAGAGGCUGCGCGUCCCUCAGGGAGGAGGACUCGGCCCUGCUAAUUUCUGAGGCUCUAAGGAAAAAGUUCGUCCUGAAGGAAGAAGAUACUGCUGCUGUGAAGAUGAAGUAAUACAAUAAUCAAAACUGAUCUUGCUGCUCUGUGCAAGUCAGGAGAAAACUGUAGAGUUUUGUGUUGCAUCGUUUCUUUAAGCUUAUUGACUUUUCCUUUAUCUACUUCAAAAUGCUUUUGCUAAGCUCUUUUUACACCUUCAUUCUAAUAUUUUAGGCCUUUUCCCGUGGAACAUGUACCCAUGGAUCCAUAGCCUCACCCCUCAGAGCCAAGGCUAUAAUGGUCAGCCAGAGUUGGAACAAAAAAAACCCAGUUUGUCCUUGACAUCCCAAACCAAAAUCCACAGCCCUGGUUCAGUCUGAGGACAAACAGCCACAUAAUAAACAUCAGCACUGAGUUGCACAUUACGUUCAGCUUAUUUCUCUCUUUCAUUAAAGACUCAACACCUAAAUCUACUGGUGACCAGUUCGCUGGCCCACAUGAAUCUGGGAGAUUUUAUAGAAAGCCACAGAAGAGGCUGUUAUUGAAGCCAUUAUCAUUACCAACAUUUCCAACUUUAAUUAGGUAAUUUGUCUUCCUGAAAGGAUGUUGUUAAAGUUACCAUAAGGAGUCCUAUGUUUGUUUCUUUUCACUGCAAACUUUUUUUUGCGUGUGUUUUGUUUUUAGUCACUCACAUAGGGAAGUCUAUUUACUAGAAUAUGUUUUAUGUCCCUAUGAAACAGCUCUAGUGUAAAUGCAGUGACUUACUAUAUCCUAUCUUGGUGUGUAUGGGAAAAUAUAACAUUUAACGUUUCUGCUUCUGAUCAUUUCAUUUCCACAACUUAGUUUUGAAAAUGUGCGCCUCUUUUGCCUCGCCUUUUGUUUUUCAUUAGUAUAUAGAUUGCAACUUAACCACAAGAUGCUGAUUUGAAACGUGAAAAAACUUCAAUGACGUAGCUGAAAGACAGAAGCGUGUCCCUGUGUGCUCAGUGCCCUAACUGAUUGACGUAACAGGCGGAAAAAUAUUAAUGAAUGCAACAAUAAACAAGCCGUUUUCCUUUGAACAAAUUAAACCAAGAUUUGUGUAAGGCAGCUUUUUCCUCAUUUUGUGUGCAGAAAAGCACGUGUGAUAAUGGAUAAAAUCUUUGUUUGAAAGCCUUACCACUAUCUUACUGCCUGUUUUUUUUGUUUUGUUGUUUUUUUACCCCACCUCUUAGUGCCAUGGGUAUGUUUUAACCAGUCUGCCCCUCAUUGUUUGACCUGAAUGGUCCAUCACCCUCAACUUUAAAUGUUUCCAAACUGUUACCAUCUCUAUCAGCUCUGUGUUAUAGUCCUGAAUGUUUUUCAGUAAUUACUCCUGAGAUAUUAUAUGGGUUGCAAUGUUUGGAGUGAACAAAGAUGAUGUCCUUUAAUGUAAGUUUUUAAGUAAUCAUCACUGGAACUCCCCUGUAGCUUCUACUUCUCAGCAGUUCAUUUCACCUUUUGAGAAAGCGAUAAAAUUCAAAUAUGUAGGCUGUCCGUACCUGAAAUGCUGAACCUUACACAGCUCACUCUACCUACUGCAUCCUGAUAAGUUGGGGAACUUUGCUUUGUUUUGACUUUCUAUUAGUUUGAGUGCAUGUAACCACCAUACCUCUCUGUAGCAAUGAACUCUCUGUCACCACCCUGUGUAUCUUUAUUUUAGUUUUUGUCAUGCUUGUAAAUAAAGACUGGAGAUGUUUUGAAA